AUGGAAAUCGACUACGGCCGGGGAGCGAUGAAAGAAAAGGCUAUCAUCUCGGACAUAUUGGAAGAGCUACUAACCCUUCCGCUGUGCCCGACCAAUGUGACGAGUAAUGGCUACUUUCUAACCCAUGACCGCAUGGACGAUUUGGUGGGAAACGUAACAGCCGCUUUAUUCUCCAGCAUGGGAAUUACGCCGUCAGAGGGCCGAGACAUCAGCCAACUGAACAAUAGUCAGUUGCUCAUGAUGUACGUGGAAGUUCUGGGAUUCGUCUACGUGUACUUUUUCGUUGUGGCGUCAGUCGCGAUGUUUCUUUUUGCGGCUUUUACGCUGUUGGCACAUCGCCACCAGCGCAAGCUCUACGUCGGGAUUGGCGUUGCUGUUCGCCUGGUACUUGCAGCAUUAGUGCUCGGCAUGGUUUCCUUCGUCCAGCACUUUGCGUUGGCGUACUCCUUCAUGACGUCUCCGGCCAUAUUAUACGCAUUUACGGUCAUACUGCUAACAAGUGAGUCCUCGUGGCCAUCUCUGCACCAUGGAGCUAGCUCUGAUGUCCUGUCUCGAAUGUAG